CUACCCUAUUUUUCGUUACAGAUUAGUAAAAGCCGUCCCACAAGGCUGAACAUGGCAAAGUCAUAAAGCAGACGGGUGGGUAGAUGGUACGUGACUCGAAGGGGGAAUUGCCUUCCUUUCUAGGUAAGUGUUUUUGGCCCGGGGGGACCUUAUCUGUAGUUGACGGAGAACACAGCGUAACUCUCAAGGGACGUAUGUCUGCCCAGUUGAUUGGUGAUGGUGAUCAGAGACGACGACAGUUUUGAAAUAUCAGAGAACUCACGAUGACGACGGUUCAGGAGGUUCUUGACUUCAGUGAUCUUCCUGAUUCAUGCCCUUACACCAUUUCGAGACUCCUGACCCCUAUCGGCGGACCUUCAGCGACGUGGUUGAUCCGAGAACACGACCGGUACGGUGAGUAUCCUCACAUAUAUGCCAAAGUUUGCGAGGCAACGAGACCCGUAUCAUCAUCAGACGGCCAAGAGUCGCCGCCAUACAAAGUCAUCGUUCUCAGCGACUCUGGUUGUGGGACGGAUACGACCAACGAAAGUUUCAUUCGGCGGGUCUCGUCAAGGUCGAACGAGAAUGAAAAUGAAAACGAAAACGGAAACAAACUCGUCCUUGGGUCUGGAAACAAAGUCGAACCAAGUCACUGGAACAUCCACACGUUUCUCCUGUACACGUUGAAUCCGGGAGGGCGUAUCCCGUACGUCGUAAUCACCAGUCAUUGUCACUAUGACCACAUUUCUGGUAUAGCCAAACUUCCACCUACGGGUACUUUGGAUGACGACCGCCACCAAGGUCAGUGUGGGCGGCAUGACAUUACCACUGCCGCCACUGCCGCCACCACUAACAGCUGCGAUGACGAGAUUCAACGUCCUCACAGGUCUGAUCGUCUUCAGACCACGGUCUUGACAUCUUCGCUGCACAAAGAUUUCGUCACCCCCUACGCGAACCUCCAGGAACACAGUCUGAGUCCGUCGGUCGGCAUGCAAGCACCCAAGUACAAGAUCACUUGGGCCGAAGACAUGUCUGAAGCAACGUGGCGAUGGACUCCCGACGGGGACUCCAACCCCAUGGCCAUCGGGACCCGAAUCACCUUGAUCCAGACCCCCGGACACACUCCGGACUCGUUGUCUUGGUACGACGAGGACCUCGCUCUUUUGUCCGUGGGGGACAGUUUCUAUCUAAAAGAAUCGACCGAGACCAGAUCGGCGCCUUGGGGUCCUGAACCUCCCAUGCCCACCAUGUUCGAUCUUGAAGGUGACCUGGCGGAUUCGUGGACCAGUAUCGAGAAACUUCUGCGUUUCGUCCGAGUCAAGAACGAAGACCUUUGCAGAAACUACAACCACCGUACGACCACUAAUGAAGAUGAAGACAUGCCACGUUACUCCGGAGGAUGUGAGAAGGGUGGUUGCGAGAUUACCAGUCGUCAUCGGCCCACUUGGUCCUCGUACGUACCUUUUUGGUCGAAGAAUCUCACAAGAUCUCAACCACCUCAACAGCCUCUCCUCUUGGGGUUGACCAGUCGGACUGUCGAUGAUGACUGGGUAGUGGUCGACUGCUAUGACCCAACGGGCUCGUCGUCGUCGUCUUCGUCACGAGCAGCAAGAGCAUCAAUCCCCAGGGUUAGACUGGCCGCCGCUCACACAACGGUUGGGGCUGACGCCGAAGAUGCCAUCUUGUCUUUUCGAGAGUUCCUGGCCCGGAUCAUCCACGAUCAAGUCCCCAAAAGGAGAAUGGCAAAUGGGUUCAGAGGUGAGGAAAAGUGGUUGUAUGACUAUGACCUGGAAAAGGAAGAAGAAGAAGAAUUCGACGACGGCAAAGCAAAAGAGGUGCACGGCACCGACGUUGAAACCGAAAAGGAUCCAUUGAGGUAUCUACGACAGUAUAGCGUCCUCGCACCUGAAAAGGUCAUUGAAAAAGGUAGGAAGAAGAUCUCGGAUCGUUUGCAAAUGGACGACGGUACGAGAUGGAAUAGUCCAUAGUUGCGACCAAAAUCAUACAGCACACGAGCAGUAGUGGUAGUACUUACUACACAACUACACUUGUACUCCCCCCAAAAACUAACGCCCGUCCAUGUCGAUCCAUGUCUAUACAACAAGCGGCAUACACAUCG